CACGCCAUUGCUCCUGCCGCUCCCUAUUGACGGUCGUCCGCAUCCUCGCCAUGUUUUCUCGGGCUGUCCCGCGAGUUGCUUCUCGAGCAGCUGGGCUUGCGCAAUGCGAGGCCUCACAGGUAGCUGCGGGGGCGCCUUCGUGGGCACUGCGCUCCCCCCAGCAUCUGUCGCGGCGAUACAGGUCGACUUUCCGUGAACAAUUCCGCGAGCAGUUCCGCAGAAGCCCAAUCUCAUUUCCAUUUGCCCUUGUAUCCAUCUUUGCCCUUGCCGGUUGGGGCGCAUACUACAUCCCAUGGUACUAUCACAAUGUCAUCCAGAAGCCCUACCACAAUUUCCCCGAGCCAGUAGCAAAGAAGCUCCGUCGCGCGAUAUUCUACAGCAGGGGCCAGCACUUGGACAUCAGGGAGGCGAACAAGUACUUCCGCCAGGCGCUGCAGCUCGCUACCGAGAUGGGCAUGGAUCCGUUCAGCGACGAAAUCAUGGGCGUCAAAUAUGCCAUUGCCGCGCUCUUCGAAGAGCAAGGCUACCACGCCAUGGCAUGUGAUGUUUUGGAGAUCAUGCGCACCGACACCCAACGUUGGAUAGACGAGUUCAGCGACAAGCACAUCACCGACGGCAACCGCUCGCGUGUCAAGAAGAACAUGGUGCAGAUCAACCUCAAGCUCGGGCAGCUUUACGACUGCCCAUACGUCAACGAACCGCAGGAUGCCGAGAAGCGCCUGGUGGAAGCCGUGGAGGGCGCGUUGGGCGAGCUGCAGCGACGUGAGACAGAAGGCAUCAAGCAAGGAGAGGGUGACUGGAUGACAAACGACGAGCUGGGCGCCACGCUCGAGGCACUCGGCCAGCAUUACGAACACAACGACUCGCACUACCUCGCCUUACCGCUCUUUCUCCGCGCGCUCGAACUUUGCCCACCCACGUCUUGUCACAGCGUCGUUCUAAUGAACAACAUCUCCACAUGUCUUGCUCAGCAGACACCGCCACCCGCUUCUCUGACUUCGUCUUCGCCCUCGUCCUUCCCGAAUGCACCAGCGCCUCCACGGACCGCACUCGUGGAUCAAGCACGCCAAUGGGCAGACAAGGCGCUGCAGCGAGCGGGCUCGAUUACCGAUCAGGACGAAGAAUGUAACGUUGGGUGUGCUGUGGCGACCCACAAUCUUGGAGAAUUCUACGAAAUGGAAGGCAAGAUUCAGGAUGCACGGCGCAAGUAUAAGGAUGCGGAGCAGCUGGCAAAGAAGAUUGGCUUCCGGGAGGGACAGGCCAAUGCGAAAGCAGGAAUCGCAAGAUUAAAGGAGCUGGAGAAGGCGCAACAAUAGAACGCCAUGGAUAGAAGGAAGGUGUGUACGAUAUAUACCUUGCACACGACAGUGCCCGAAUAGCCAUGUAUAAAUAUUUUCUGACCUCGACCAAUGGCACUUCGCAAGCAAUCAUACACAACAC